AUGACACGUAGAACAUUACUAUUGAAAUUGAUACCAAAUGAGAGAGCAAGAAGAGUAACAUUUUCAAAGAGAAAGAGUGGUCUAAUCAAGAAGGCUUAUGAGUUAAGCACACUUUGUGAUGUUAAAGUUUGCUUAAUAAUCAAAGAUUCAACCAACCAACCUUCAAAUAAUCCUAUAGCCACAUGGCCUAAGGAUCCUCACAAAGUAAGGUCUCUAAUCAAUGAUUACAAAAUUGCCAAAACUACUCAAAAACCAUCUUCAAAAAGACUCCAAAACUUGACUGAUUUCUUAAAGGAAAGAAUCAACAAAGUCAACAAGGAGAUUGAGAAAUUAUGUCAAAGUAAAGAAAAGUCAAAGGGUAUUGUUCUUGGUAAUGGUAGCAAGCAAGAAAAACUUAAUGGUGACCAACUUUGUGAGUUUGCUUCUGAAUUGGAUAACAAAAUGAAACAAUUGAAUUUGAGAAUGAGACAUUUGCUUUCUUCUCACAAUGAUAUCAAGCUUCAAAUGCUACUACAACAACAUCAGAUGACUUCUUCUUCUUCAAAAGCUCCUCUAUUUGGCAUGAAUUAUCAUAACAACAAUGGCUCUUUUACUAGUCUAUUGAACUCUAAUGAUUAUGUAUUUGAUAAGUACUAUAAUGGUAAUGGUACUAAUCUUUUUCAAGAAGAUCAAGGUGGUCAACAUGGUCAAUAUUAUGAUUUGAAAAUUAAUGGUAGUAACAACAACAAUAUGUUGGAAUUUGGAGGAGUAGGGGAGCUACAACAAAAUGAUGAGAAUGUGAUGAGCCAACCAUUGCAACCAUUGAUGCCUAGCUCAGUGGUUGACAAUACUGAAUGGCCUUACAAUCAAGCUGACUCUAAUAUGAGAUUUGGCCCUAUGUGA